GCGACAUUAAACACUCUAGAUCUGCCUUUACUUCUUUUGUGUCGAUGUCGUUCACAUAUUGUCCCCUCACGCCAGCUCGCAACGAGAUCCGCCUCCUCCGGUACAUCGCCCGGAAUAAACGCCCUUCAUCCACCAGAUCAAUCAUCGAAUGCUCUCUUGUGCAUGUCUCUUUAGACGAAAACCCCCAGUACCAUGCGUUGUCGUACGUCUGGGGUUCCCCAGAAAGACCUUUUCAGAUCCUUCUCAACGGCUCUUUCACAUUCGUCUCCGAGAGCUUGGGCGGAGCCCUUCGACGCUUGCGAAGCGAGAAGAUACAAUACCUAUGGGCCGACGCCUUGUGCAUCAAUCAGUCAGACGUUGAAGAAAAAAGCGAUCAGGUACAGAAAAUGGGCAUUAUCUAUGAAAGCGCACAGGGAGUUUUCGCGUGGCUAGGCUCCAACGAGCGUUUAGAGCCAGCCAUGUCCGACAUCGCUGUCGGUGGAAGGAAGCUUCUCUGGCGGGCCACUAUCGAUCACCAUGCGGACAUGUCAAUGGCAGCACGAAAUCCCGCGGUUUUGAAGAGAAUAAUGGGUUGGACUCUUCUUGAAAGUCGAGAGGCACAAGCAAUCGCGCUCCAGGACUUGCAUGCUCUAGUUGCUAUACCAGAGAAGCGCGAGCUGUUACUCCGAGAUAUGGCCUGGGCUGGAGAUAUCUCCCCAUCCUCUUUGAGUUCCUGGGCUGAAUUCCUGCGGUCCCCACUAUGGACGCGAGUCUGGAUUGUUCAAGAACUCACACUCGCGAAAAACUGCUGGUUGGUGAGUGUCAACAUCUCCACAAAGCUGGAAUACUUCUCUGCCAUCCAUCAGCUUGUUUUAGCGACAACUGUUUUCUCGAGCCGUGCCGAGGACCCUUCUUGGAGCAGACUGGGCAACCUCUUUCUGGAUAACGUAAUGGCUAACCAUGCCCUUCAAACGCAAAUAGCUGGCCAAGCGAAGAGGGAUACACUGGCGAACCUGCUGGGAUUCAAUUGCUCCUUGUCUGCAACACUGCCUCAGGACAAAGUCUUUGCACUACUAGGGGUCGCUUCAGACGCCCAAGCGCUCGGGAUACGCGUGACCUACUCGAAAUCCCUGGAAGACAUCUGCGAAGAGGUUGUGAAGAGCUCACUGUGUCAUCACGGAUUCGAUGUGUUUAGUCAUGCUACCACCCGCCCUCUUCCUCAACUGCCAACUUGGGUGACUAUUCAUCCAGAUAGCAGCAGCAUAGCAGAAACCGGUGACUUUCCGAUAUCAACGAAUCGUCGUCCGUUCUCGGAAGAUAUUCCGGACUUUCCUUUUUCUGCCUCAGGGGCUUCGAUCCCUAACCUGACGCAUUUGAACUUCCCAGAGCCAGGGAAACUCCGGCUUCGAGCGUUGUUCAUUGGCGAGAUGGCAGAAUGGGGCUGGGUGGAUUGCCCCACUGAAGUUGCAUUCCGUGAGACGGGUUUAGGAAACGAAUAUAAAGUAAUGAGACGGUGCAUAGAAGAGAUGGAAGCCCUGCUCUCCCAAAACGUGGCAUUCCAGUCCACCAAAAAUCCAGCAGCGCCUCCCUUUUGGUGGUUGCCUAUUCUUCAUCGGGAUCCAAAAGCUGCGGAUCCUGCCUUCAAGAAACCAUACUCGAGUUCCAGCCGACAGCUCUACAAAUCCUAUACGGCGCUUCGAGCUGCAUUAAAACCUUCCCAAGAUAUGAAUGCUGCUCCAGAUGACACGUCUCGACGGCUGAUGGCGAAGAGUCAGAAAUACUAUCGCUUGAUGGUUAAGCUGUUGAACUGGCGUUGCUACUUCUCCACAACUACUGGCUAUGCUGGAAUUGGUUGUGUGGCAGGACCAGACCACAGGAUCGUGUUGUUUGAAGGAGCUCAAGUGCCCUUCGUAGUGAGCCCGACUGCGGACGGGCACUAUAAACUGCGUGGCGAGGCAUAUGUUCUUGGUGCAAUGCAUGGCGAGUUAAUGGGCAAGAGGCUUACCACUGAGUGGAUAACUCUGGUAUGAUGGGAGAAAUAAUGUUUAUUGACUUGCAGGGAACCGUGUAACGGGGUUGUUAACGAGCGUAGGGUUUAGGGGGGAGUCCACCAGACAGGCGGCGCGGUUCGGUCCAUCAAUUCUGGCACCCCACUCUUUCGUCAGUUUCUAUGUACUGUGGCUGCAGCGAGAAUGAGAACGCUUCUUGGCCAUGAUGGACUCCUGUUUUUUUUAUCAAAGGCAUAAUCUAAGCCUUGACCUCCGUCAAAG